CUAUAUAUCCUUGUGGGUAACACUGUAAAUGAGCCUAGCGUGAUUACUGGUGAAAGAAAGAAAAUGCAAGGAGAAAACCUCACCAUCUGGAGCUUUUUUUCCUUGAAGGGUUUUUCUAGAUACCCAAAGUUAGAGGUGGUCCUCUUCAACUUCAGCCUUGUAAUGUAUCUGAUCACCCUCUUGGGCAACAGCACUCUCAUUUUAAUCACUAUUCUAGAUUCACGCCUUCAAACCCCCAUGUACUUUUUCCUCAGAAAUCUCUCUUUCAUGGAUAUCUGUUACACGUCUGCCUUUAUUCCCACUUUGCUGGUGAACUUGCUCUCAUCCCAGAAAACCAUCAUUUUUUCCGGGUGUGCUGUGCAGAUGUACCUGUCCCUUGCCAUGGGCUCCACGGAGUGUGUGCUCCUGGCUGUGAUGGCGUAUGACCGUUACGUGGCCAUUUGCAACCCGCUGAGAUACCCCGUCAUCAUGAACAGGCAGGUCUGUGUGCAGAUGGCCACCGUCUCCUGGGUGACAGGCUGUCUGACCGCCCUGCUGGAAACCAGCCUUGCUCUGCGGCUCCCCCUCUGUGGGAAUCUCAUCGACCACUUCGCGUGUGAAAUCCUGGCAGUGCUGAAGUUAGCCUGCGCAAGUUCACUGCUCAUGGACGUGACCCUGCUGGUCGUCAGUGUGCUCCUCCUGCCCAUUCCGAUGCUCUUUAUUUGCAUCUCUUACGUCUUCAUCCUGUCCACUAUCCUGAGAAUCAGCUCGGCAGAGGGAAGAAGCAAAGCUUUUUCUACCUGUGGUGCCCACUUGACUGUGGUGGUCUUGUAUUUCGGGGCUGCCCUCUCCAUGUACCUGAAGCCGCCUUUGUCGACCUCCCAGGAAAUAGAUAAAGUCAUCUCUUUGCUUUAUGGUGUGCUUACCCCUAUGUUGAACCCCAUAAUUUACAGUUUAAGAAACAUGGAAGUCAAAGAUGCUAUUAGAAAACUGCUGGGCAAAGUCUCAUUGCAUCAAACACGUGAAAGUCUCUGA